CACUGCAUUUUGCGCAGAAGUAAUUCAACCACCGCUAGAAAAGAAAGACAAUAUAGCUCAUCAAUAUGAACACAUUUAGGGGCGAAUUGGUCAUUUUGACCAUAGUCUGUGGCGCCUUCAGCCUAGCAGUGGCCCAACUUUGCAUCGCGCCAUCCCCUUGUGACACUAAUUUGGCGUCGUGCACUAUCGGAUUUGGCUGCUUGGGGUCGCCAAUUACGAUGUGUGCUCUGUUACAAGGUGGAAACGGCACGUCGGACUCAGCAUGUCCUGCAUUCCCGGAUGGAAAUCAUUAUUGCGCUUGCCAGAACUGUGUCGGUCUUAUUAAUUCGCUCUUGUACAACUGUGUCUGCUCAACCGACUACGUAUGUCCUGGCGGAAAGAAGUUGAUCCGAUGUGCUAAGGUCAUCCCUAUAUUCAAUAUCCAAUACGGAACGCCACAAUAUUCUUGUUGCGGCAACGCGGUCAAUAAUGUUCAAGGAUGUUAGUUGGCAAAGUAGUUGAAUUGUUGUAAAUAUUGGUGAAAUUAGUGGAAUUGUAGUUGGCUCAAUAAAUUUGUGUGCAUAAAAAAGACGAUGUUAAAAAUUUAAUUGGUGCUCUGUCAUAAUUACUUAAGUAAUUGUGGGGUAAAUUGCGAUCACACGUGCUACAAGAAUAAAUUAGGAGGAUAAGCUCAAUAAAUAUUAACGGUUUUCUUUA